AUGCAACCGAGAGUCAUAGUGUACUUUGCUCUGCUUGGAGCGUCCUUCUCCGCCCGGGCCCAAUUUUUGCCGCUGAAAGACAAACUGGAUACCCCCACUGAGGCUGCGGUGCCAGAUGAACGUGACUCUCACGGUCCGCAAGGCGUUCCUGACGUGCCGCAGUCGGUCGCGGCACCCGAGUCGCCGGAAUUGCCAGAACCGCCGUCUUCGUUUAGACGAACGGAACUGGCAAAUUUGUCUGGCAUUCCGGCGCUCCCUGCCACCCUGCCUGGUCAUGCGAGUGACUCCCCGGCACAGUAUCCCCCAGUUCUCCCUGUAAUGCCAGUCAUCCCCUUCCCUCUGCCGGGAUCACCGCCAACUACACCAGAUUUCCCCGUCCUGGUCCCCUUGCCACAAUCCGGCCUGCCUUCUCCCUUCCCACCGCCUCUAAUUCUCGGGGAGGCGAGAGGACAACCGCCGUCGCCGCCUUUCCCUUACACCAUUCCUGCAACUCCGGAGCUUCUUAGCCUCCUGGCAAGAUUCAACUUCUCUGGUCUUCCGAGCAUAGGCGACCUACCUCAGCUGCCGCGCCUUGGAGAACUUCCCCCGAUUCCUGGACUCGGCGAACUGCCACAGCUUCCAAACCUGGGCGAACUUCCCCCGAUUCCUGGACUUGGCGAACUGCCACAACUUCCACGCCUCGGCGAACUUCCCCCGAUUCCUGGUCUCGGCGAACUGCCACAGCUUCCAAGCCUCGGCGAAGUGCCACAGCUUCCACGCCUCGGCGAACUGCCACAGCUUCCAAGCCUCGGCGAACUUCCCCCGAUUCCUGGUCUCGGCGAACUGCCACAGCUUCCAAGCCUCGGCGAACUUCCCCCGAUUCCUGGUCUCGGCGAACUGCCACAGCUUCCAAGCCUCGGCGAACUUCCCCCGAUUCCUGGUCUCGGCGAACUGCCACAGCUUCCAGGUCUUGGCGAACUUCCCCCGAUUCCUGGUCUCGGCGAACGGCCACAGCUUCCAAGCCUCGGCGAACUGCCACAGCUUCCAGGCCUCGGCGAAGCUCCGGCAUUUCCCACCUUACCAACCCUGGAGCUGCCCAAAAUGGAAGGCGGCCAUGGCUUCGGAAACUUCACCAAUAUUGAUCUUCCCGGGUUGCGGGGCCGCCCAGAGCUGCUUGGGAUUCCCGCUAACCUCGAGCGACUUCAGAGAGCUAUUGAGGACUUACUGCGCCAAGCGGCAACAGUGCACUGA